AUUACAUCUAAAUACGACUAUACAUGUUUACAUGUUUAAUUACCUAAUUUCAUUUUACAAUUCAGUUGAACAAUGAUUUUAUGAAGAUAGAAUCAACGUUUUCAUCAUCAUCAUCAUAAUAAUAAUAAUCACAUAUCAUUAUGAUAUUGUCAAUGGAUGGUAAUUUUACAGAAUAUCACCCGAAAGUACAUCAUUCAUUAGGUACAUUAUACAGUGUCGCACCAAUAAUAAUUUUAAUUAUUGGAAUACCCGGUAAUUUAUUAUCAAUGGUUAUUUGGUUGAGACGUUUAUCUACUACAAUUGGUUCAACAAGCUUAUUAAUUGGUGUUAUGUGUAUGACUGAUACAUAUGUUAUAGCUCAUGGUUGCUUAAGACAAUGGAUAAUUGGUAUAACCAAUGAAAAAGUGGAUAUACGUAUUAAAUUUGGCUGUGGUAUACCAUUAUUCUUAUUUACAUUUUCAACAGAUUUAUCAACAUGGAUCAUCAUUUUAUUAUGCAUUGAAAGAGCUGUUUGUGUUUGGACUCCAAUCAAAUUUAAACAAUGGUGUAAAUUAGAACAUGGAAUAACAGCUUUAGCUUUCGUUAUAUUAUGUUUAGCCGGUUUAAACAUACACUAUGUAUGGACUGUGUAUGUAAAAGAUAAUUCAUGUGCACCGAAACAUGAAUAUAGAGCCUUUCAUUUAUACUGGCCGUAUAUUGAUUUCGCCAUUUAUUCAUUUAUCCCAUUAGCUUUUAUACUACUAGUAAAUAUAAGUAUUAUAUGGAGGAUGAAAACCACAAAUGUAUCAACAAAACAUUCACAAAAUAUAACAAUACCAAGAAAAACACCAAUAAGCGAUGAUUCCAAACAAACAAUGUUAAAAUCCUCAACUUUACAUAAAGAUAAAUCAUCAACAACUCGUGAACAACGUUCUGCACGUGUAUUACGAACAGUAGUAUGCAUGACGAUAAGUCAUUUUCUAUUAACUAUGCCAGUAGUAUUCUUUUAUUUAUUCGAAUCGAAAUUUUGUAUUGAUAGUAAAGAUUGGAUCAAUGUCUGUGAUACAGUUGAAAGAGUAACUGUCAUAUUACAAAUGAUUAAUCAUAUGACACAUUUUUUUAUUUAUUCUUGUACAUCAAGUGUAUUUUUGUCAGAUUUAAAUCGUUUGUGUAAAAAUCAUCCAUUGAAAUGUUGUCAUUCAAUGCAUACAAUGAAUACACAACUUGUUAAUACAUCUAUAAAUGUUGUAGACAAUCAUACAGUGAACUGUUCACAAGCAUCUACCCUAUGAUAAAUUAUCAGUUAACUAGUAAACUCUAACAGAAAAGAAUCGAAUCGUUUCCGAUACAAUUUAAUCAAUGUUGAUUUAUCAUUGUUUGCUUACUUUUUUUUACAAUGAAUCCAACUUUACUAAUCUGCAUUUCAUACUAGUUAAUAAAUCUUAUGUGAAGCAAAAUUUAACAUUCAUUCAUCCAUUCAUUCAAUCGGUGUGUAAGAAUGAAUAAAUUUCUGUGAAUAGUUAUAUACAUUAAAUGUUUCUUUCUUUUUAUUGCCGUUUAUUUUACUGUAUGCGAUUAUUUUACUUGUUUACAGGCUAGUUUAAUGUUUUCAUAUUUUUAUAUGCAACAAAAUUAUUCAACUAAACAAGC